AUGUAAGAUUUAAUAUAUUUUAUAUUUCCAAAACUUAGUAUAAAUUUUAGAUAAAGGUUGUCACCUCUCAAGGGAAAUUGCAAACAACCGAGAUAUAGGAACGAAUUUUAACUUAUAUAGACAUCCCUUAACGAAAAAAAAAACAAAAAAAAAACCUCCCAUCCAACACCUCAUCUCCUAGAAGGUAGAAACUUUUUCACCCCUUGGCCAUAUCACUCUGCUAAAGUGAAAAACAGCUAUUUUUUGGGUACCUUAAAUUGCUUUAAUAAUAAUAAUUUUUUAAUAAAAGUAAAAUAUUUUGAUAUUUUAUUAAUAUGUCUAGUAAGAAUAAGUCAAUUCGUAUAUGGGGUUAGGACAGGACAAUUAAAGUAAAAAUUAGAAGGUCAUUAUGAUUCUGCACUGACAUUAUGGUUCUCUCCUGAUGGUACUACAUUAGCAUCUGAUAGUUAAGAAUAAUCUAUACUUUUAUGGGAUUUGAGAACAGAGAAACAAAUUUAACCCUCGAAUAAAAGUUAAAAGAUUUUAUUAAUAAAUUUCAAACAGCCAUUUUUGAAGACCUUUCUUAUUCAGAUCGUAGUAUUUUUCAUUUAGUUUGCACUAAUAUUACAAUUCUUCUUAUAUUCAAAUAUCCAGUAUUUUAAGCAUGUGGAGCUUUAAUCUUUUAAGCAGAAUUUAUAAAUAAUUUAGGUAUAAAUUUAAAAUAACUAUUAAAAUAAAAAGGAAGUUAUAUUAUGCAAAACUAAUAGAAAGAAAUUAUAAUUGA